AUGUUUCCUUUACCGAUGUUCACACCUGAGCAGGUCGCUCUUGUGUGUGAGAAUCUGGAGGAGACAGGAGAUAUCGAGCGCUUGGGGCGCUUCCUAUGGUCUCUCCCCGCUGCAGUUCCCGGUUCGGCAGCUGAACUUCUUAACCGCCACGAGUCGGUGAUGCGAGCCCGAGCACUCGUCGCUUUUCACGGAGGGAAUUUUGAAGCUCUCUACCAGAUCCUGCAGAGUCACCGUUUUACGCGCGAGUCACAUGCCAAACUGCAAGACCUGUGGCUGGACGCACACUACCGCGAGGCGGAGCGCCUGAGAGGAAGGCCACUCGGCCCGGUGGAGAAGUACCGCAUCCGUAAGAAGUUUCCUCUUCCACGGACCAUCUGGGAUGGCGAGCAGAAGACGCAUUGCUUUAAGGAGAGAACCCGCAGUCUCCUGAGGGAAUGGUACCUGCAGGAUCCCUAUCCAAACCCAUCCAGAAAACGGCAUCUGGCUCAGGCUACAGGUCUCACGCCCACUCAGGUGGGCAACUGGUUCAAAAACAGAAGGCAGCGGGACAGAGCAGCAUCUGCUAAAAACAGACUGCAGCAGGAUUGCUCCCUCCUUCCCUCAGGUAGCUCUUCAGAAUGUUCCUCCUCAGAGCACAACUCCCACCUCCAGGGUUCCUCUCCACAUCAUCCGGGCAGCCCAGACAACAGCGACUACAGCUCUGGUACAGGGCCAAGGGGAACGCCAGACAUAUCCGUGAGCAGCGACAGCGAGUUUGAGUCCUGA